CAAAGACGUGCUGAGCUGUUAGCAUUACCAAAUUCUGAAAUGCUCUCGGCCAUCGCUCUUCCUUCUUAUUACCUUCCUGACCUUUUCUGCAAGCUGUAAUCGAAUGGAAGCUGGUUUGGACACAUCUCCUUCAACUCAUUUCUUCAUUCCCCUCCUUCGGAUAGUUCUCGUAUAAGUUGUCGGUCGUCACCGAAUGCCCACAAUGAUUUAGAGACGGCCACUCCUGCAUUCUUCACCACGCGUCUUCUUUCGCUCUUUCCAAGUAAUUUUUUCUCUUCUUCUUCUUCUCCAUCUUUCUCUGACAAUGAGAUCAGGAUCACGAUUGUAGUUGUUGCCAUUGCCCCACUUUCUCUUUUUGUGGGUCUUUUAAUUUUCMCCAUUUUUCGAUCAGUUCGAAGUCGGGCCUUGAAAGGACCAAGUGUAGAGGAGGAGGGGGAGGUGGGUGCGUUUUGUGAGGUGUCUGAGAUUCGGGUUUUCUCAUUCAAUUGGGGUUUUUGAGAUUUAAAAAAUGGCCCCCUCGUUUGAUUGGUGGGGGAAAGACACUCACAGAGGAACCCCUGUUGUUGUCAAGAUGGAGAAUCCGAACUGGUCCAUGGUUGAGCUCGAGGGUCCGUCGGAGGAUGACUUCCUCAUCGCCGCCGAGUCGCCGCAGGGCCGGACCCGAGAGAAAGGCCGAGGCAAAAACGCGAAGCAACUCACGUGGGUCCUCCUCCUCAAGGCCCACAAGGCCGCCGGUUGUCUCACCUCCAUUGGCUCCGCAAUGGUGGACCUCGCCGCCGCCGUCAGACGCCGCGUCGCUUCCGGCGAGACCGACGCCGAUGAUGCCGCCGACAAUGACGUCACUGUGGGAGGCAGAGAGAAAGAGAACCCCACUGUGAAAACGAGGUUUUAUUCUUGUAUUAAGGUGUUUCUAUGGCUGUCGGUGCUUCUCUUAGGCUUUGAGAUUGCAGCCUUUUUCAAGGGCUGGCAUUUUGGUACCCCAAACCUUCAAUUGGACUAUCUUUGGGCUACUCAAUUGGGUUUCAAAGGAUUUUUCGGUUGGAUUUAUUCUCAAUGGGUACUAGUUCGAGUGGAAUAUUUAGCUCCUCCUCUCCAGUUCUUAGCCAAUGCCUGUAUCAUUCUGUUCAUCAUUCAGAGCUUGGAUCGUUUAGUCCUAUGUUUUGGCUGUUUCUGGAUCCGAUUCAAGAAAAUCAAACCAGUUCUUAAACCAGGAGAUGAAGACCUUGAAUCUGGCGAGAAGGGCUAUUUCCCAAUGGUUCUUGUUCAGAUCCCCAUGUGCAACGAAAAAGAGGUUUAUCAGCAAUCUAUUGCUGCUAUCUGCAAUUUAGACUGGCCAAGGACUAGGCUGCUCAUACAAGUUCUUGAUGAUUCUGAUGAUCCAACUACCCAGUUGCUGAUUAAAGAGGAGGUUCAUAAAUGGCAGCAAGAGGGUGCCAACAUUGUCUAUCGUCAUCGGGUCAUUAGAGAUGGUUAUAAAGCUGGGAACCUCAAAUCCGCCAUGAAUUGUAGCUAUGUCAAAGAUUACGAAUUCGUGGCCAUUUUCGAUGCCGAUUUUCAACCCACCCCUGAUUUCCUUAAAAGAACUGUUCCUCAUUUCAAGGACAAUGAAGAACUGGGACUGGUUCAAGCAAGAUGGUCUUUUGUGAACAAGGAUGAGAACUUGCUAACCAGGCUUCAGAACAUCAAUUUAGCUUUCCAUUUUGAAGUGGAGCAGCAAGUGAACAGCGUCUUCCUCAAUUUCUUUGGAUUCAAUGGCACUGCUGGUGUGUGGAGGAUCAAAGCUCUCGAGGAUGCCGGUGGGUGGCUGGAGAGGACCACGGUCGAGGACAUGGAUAUCGCAGUUCGAGCUCAUCUUCAUGGAUGGAAGUUCAUAUUCCUGAACGAUGUCGAGUGCCAGUGUGAACUACCAGAAUCUUAUGAAGCUUAUAGAAAACAGCAACAUAGAUGGCAUUCUGGUCCAAUGCAAUUGUUUCGCCUUUGUCUGCCUGCUAUUAUUCGGUCCAAGAUUAGUGUAGCAAAGAAGUUCAACUUGAUCUUCCUCUUCUUUCUGCUCAGAAAACUGAUACUGCCAUUCUAUUCUUUCACGCUUUUCUGCAUAAUUCUCCCAAUGACAAUGUUCGUUCCUGAGGCCGAGCUACCGGCUUGGGUUGUUUGCUACAUCCCAGCCACCAUGUCGUUUCUGAACAUCCUGCCUGCCCCGAAAUCCUUCCCUUUCAUUGUCCCUUACCUCCUUUUCGAGAACACCAUGUCAGUCACCAAGUUCAAUGCCAUGAUCUCAGGCCUCUUCCAGCUUGGUAGUGCUUACGAAUGGGUUGUUACAAAGAAAUCUGGUCGUUCCUCCGAGGGCGAUCUCGUUGCCUUGGUAGAGAGAGAGCAAAAGCAUCAAAGAGUGGCAUCUGCGCCUGAGCUAGAAGAGAUGAAGGAGGAAAUUCAGAAGCAAGAGCAGAAAGCUGCUCCCUCACGAAAGAAGAAGCACAACCGAAUCUACACGAAAGAGCUCACAUUGGCUUUCCUCCUCCUAACCGCAUCGGCCCGGAGCCUUCUGUCUGCACAAGGGAUCCAUUUCUACUUCUUGUUGUUCCAAGGGAUCUCGUUCCUGCUGGUCGGUUUGGACUUGAUCGGCGAACAGAUAGGUUGAUUGUACAAAAAAAAUGGAUCAACUUUGUAGGAAAGAAAGAACACAAGGAAAAGACAUCAGUAGACAAAAACAUGGGUGAAGUGGAAAAAGGCACAACCAACCAACCACAUUGGAAUAAAAAGUUUGAAGAUUUAGAGGCUAAAAUCAUCAAACAGAGCCUCAGAAUUCUUCAAAAUUGUACUUUUUCAGCAACCCCUCUAGAGAAUGUCAAAGUCCAUUUCACCCAAUACAGACCAGAUAGCAUUAUAAGAACACAAGCCAAACACAUAAUAUUGGAGACAGACGCUUAGUCAAAUGGCGAUGAUCUUCCAGUGUAUGUACUGUAGGAUUUUUUUUUUUUUUUUGCCCCUUAAUUUCUUUGUUGUUUCUAUUUGUUUGUUUUUUCGGAGUCGGAUUCUUUUGUAAGAAAAAUUUGAACAUCAAAAGAAGGAAAUUAGUUAACUGUUGGAUGAAGGGGACAGAAGAAGUUGGUUCAUAUUUAAUGGUAGUUUCUUGUUUGUCAAUGAGAAAAUGUUGUGGGAA